GACGAUGGCUAUGUAUAAGGAUAUUUACUUCUUCUCUCUGCUAAUCUUAUAUCUGUGCAUUCUUGGUUUUUCCGAACCAUCAUCACUUAAGUCAUGCUCAGAUGAUGAAAUACUAAGAACAUGUUCCCCAAGUGACACAGCAGAAUGGUUUAGAGUUACAUGGCCGAACAAGUCAGAUGAAUUGAAGCAACUUUGUCAAAUUGUUCUAAAGGAGAUAAAAUGUGAAGUUGAUUUUGGGAAGCAAUGUCCAGAAAGCAAUUUUGCGAAAUAUAUGAAAGGGCUCGAGGGACUAGAAGUAUUUUACUCAAAUCUCUGCGAGAAAUCGGACGCUCUUAAACAAAAAUUUUUAAGAAACAUUGAAUGUCUAAACAACAUAUCAGAAGAUAUAACCGAAGAGUGCAGACAUGGUUCUUACAUUGUUGGAAACUGUCAAUUGGCAGUGAUGAAGUUCAUGCAUUGCGUUGCAUCUGAAGUGAAAGACAAAUGUGGACAAGAAGCUGAAGAAAUUUACAACGGACUGCAAGAACCAAUGAUUCCAAUAUACGAAGCGAUGUGCAAAAUUGAUGAAAAUGAAGAAGAGUUAUAAAACAAUUGAAAACACCAGUUUUUUUUCUUCUUUUUCUGUUUGCAGCUUAGGUAAAAUUGAAUGGACCUCGUAACAUGUUAAUUAAAACAAUGAAUAAUAUAUUUUUACUCAAAAUAUGCUCAAUGGCUUUCCUAGAUACAUUUUUUUAUCCUGUCAUUGCGCUUAAUUAAAGCUGAUAUACGUAGGUGUAUCAAAAAGUAAAGUAACAAGAGUUCUGACGAGUGUGCAAAUUAUCCGUAUGAAUAAAAAUCCCUCUGAAGGUAACGGAAACAAUCACAGCAUUCAAACGGUGUCGAUAGAUGGAGCUGGUAGGCCUUUAACAUGUCGAAAUUUGAGUUAGAAGAUGGCCGCCUUGACGGAAGUGUGGUCCACAAUUGAAAUAAGAAGUGUGAUACGGUUUUUGCGUUUAAAGAAAAAUUCUCCAGCUGAAAUUCAUCGCCAAUUGGUGGAAGUGUACGGUACCAGUGUUCUGUCACGAAAACAGGUGUGGUUUUGGUGCACAGAAAUUGACAAAGGCAGAACAGAUGUGCGAUAUGAGGUAAGAUCACGCCUCUUUACAGUCUCGACCUCUUACCAAGUGAUUUAAAUCUCUUCGGACCGCUAAAGAAACAGUUGGGAGGUCUGCAUUUCAGAACUGAUACUGAGGUUCAGCAAGCCGCCUUCAUGUGGUUGCACAACCUUGACGCUGAUUUCUUCCGUGCCGAUUACGAUGGUUUGGUGUACCAAUGGAACAGACGCUUCGAUAAGCAUGGUGACUAUGUAGAGUAGUAAUAUGUACCUGUGCCUUCCUACAUUGUAUACUUAUGUUUUAUUCCUGAAUAAACGUUUUC